CAUUCAUCUCAAACAUCUCAUUAAUUAAUAAUGGCGAACCCGAGACACAUUUUGACGACACUCGUCUUAGUUUUAACCAUCAUCGACGGAUCAUCAGGGUUCGACUAUAUGCAAGCCCUUGACAAAAGCUUGUUGUUUUUCGAGGCACAAAGGUCAGGUAAGUUACCUUGGAACCAACGUGUGAAAUGGCGAGGCGAUUCCGGACUCUAUGAUGGUUACCAACAAAGAGUGAACUUGGUUGGAGGGUACUAUGAUGCUGGUGACCAUGUGAAAUUUGGACUACCAAUGGCUUAUAGUGUUACAAUGCUGUCAUGGGGAGCCAUUGAGUAUGACAGAACCAUGAUGGACCUUAACCAAAUGGGCCAUGUUUUGAAUGCUAUCAAAUGGGGUACUGAUUACUUCAUCAAAGCCCAUUCACAGCCCAAUGUUCUUUGGGGACAGGUAGGUGAUGGGGACUCGGACCACUACUGUUGGGAGCGGGCAGAAGACAUGACAACACCACGAACCGCUUAUAAAGUGGAUACUGAACACCCGGGUUCAGACCUUGCGGGUGAAACUGCUGCUGCUAUGGCUGCAGCGGCUAUUGCUUUUAGGCCUUAUAACUCUUCUUACUCUGAUUUGUUAUUAGUUCAUGCGAAACAGCUUUUUUGGUUUGCUGAUCGAUUUAGAGGACUGUUCACGGACUCAAUCCCGUCUGCAAAAGAGUUUUAUACAUCAUCGGGUUACUCGGAUGAACUGUUGUGGGCGGCUACAUGGUUGUACCGAGCAACCAAGGAUGCAUCAUACUUGAAAUAUGUGGUGGAUAACGCCGUCUCCAUGGGUGGCACCGGUUGGGCGAUGAAGGAAUUCUCUUGGGAUAACAAAUACGCAGGCGUCCAGAUUCUUCUAUCAAAGGUGUUGAUGGAUGGAGACGGUGGUGCAUACACCAGCACACUAAAACAAUAUCAGGCGAAAGCCGAUUACUUCGCGUGUGCUUGCCAACAAAAGAAUGACGGCUACAACGCACCUUUGACUCCUGGUGGCUUACUCUACUUGCAUGAGUGGAACAACAUGCAAUACGCAGCCUCGGCCGCAUUCCUACUUGCCGUCUACUCAGACUACCUCUCAGCGGCGAAAUCAGUCUUAAAAUGCCCGGAUGCUGAUGUUCAACCUCGAGAACUCCUUAUGUUCGCUAAAUCACAGGCUGAUUACAUCUUAGGAAAAAACCCGAAGUCGAUGAGUUACAUGGUAGGGUACGGUCAAACCUACCCGAUUCAUGUGCACCACAGGGGUGCGUCCAUUGCAUCCAAAUUUGUACUCCAUUCAGUAGUGGGUUGUGUUCAAGGGUUUGACACAUGGUACCGCCGCCCACAGGCUAACCCAAACGUUCUCCAUGGUGGCCUUGUUGGUGGGCCUGACAGAAAUGACAAUUUUGAUGAUGAUCGAUCCAAUUACGAACAAACGGAACCUACAAUGUCUGGGACCGCCCCUCUCGUAGGGCUCUUUACCAAGUUACAUAGCAUGAAUUCAAACUAUGAAGCAAGACCGAACCCAACCAAGAACCAACCGAAAUCAGUAGGAGUGCCGGUGGAAUUCUAUCACACGAUAACAGAUUCGUGGACAGUUGGGAGAAUCGCAUACUAUAGGCACAAGGUGACGAUCAAGAACCAGUCGAGAAAACCAAUCACAGAUUUGAAGUUAGAAAUUGAAAACUUAUCAGGGGCACUAUGGGGAUUAUCUCCAACUCGAAAUAAGAACAUAUAUGAGCUUCCAAAAUGGAUUAAGAUGAUCAAACCUGGUUCCGAGUGCAGUUUUGUCUACGUUCAAGGCGGCCCACAAGCUAAGGUCUCGGUUCAAUCCUAUCACUAAUCAUAUGAUCAUUCCAGGGUCAAAUCUGCGGUCAAUCCUGCUUUACUUCUUUCUUUUUUAGAUUUAGUUUGAAAAAAUGUAUCCAAUUUGAGAAAUCUAAAUGGUUCAUAUACCAGUUAAUACAUAUCCAGUAACA